AUGAACAGUGGAGCUGGUGCAAAUGAUCAGGCUACAAAAGCUCUUUCAGAAAUUGAUCAGAAGUUGAAUCUUCUCAACAAACCUGGAAUCAAGACUAUAAAUAGCGAAGAUGGAGAUAUAAUAGAUUGCGUUGACAUCAAUAAACAACAUGCUCUAGAACAUCCAGCAUUGAAGAACCACCAAAUUCAGUUGAAGCCAAGUAUUAGUUUUCCAGCGGAGGAGAAAAGCACCAAAAAUGAGUCUUCUAGGCCAGUAAUAUUUCAAACUUGGCAAAAAAGUGGUUCCUGUCCAGAAGGAACAAUUCCGAUUCGAAGAACUCGAAGGGAAGACUUACUAAGAGCCGAAUCGCUCGAGCGAUUUGGAAUGAAGAGCCAUGAAGCUUUCACUGGAACAAAGAAAAUGGGUAGCCCAAAUGACAGUUUGCUCGUCACCGCGGCUCGUCGUUCUAGAGCAACCCUUAUCACAUUAGGAUACAAUUACAUUGGAGCUCAAGGAAUUAUUAAUAUAUGGAACCCCCAUGUCCAAUCACCAGGCGAAUAUACUACUGCUCAAAUCUGGAUGAAGGCUGGCCCGGGAGCAAGUUAUGAAAGUGUGGAAGCUGGAUGGAUGGUGCACCCACAGUUAUAUGGUGACGGUCGCUCACGAUUAUUCAUAUCUUGGACGGUCGAUGCAUACGACAAGUCAGGCUGCUUCAACCUUCUGUGUUCAGGGUUUGUGCAGACUAGCUCAAAAUUUGUACUGGGUGCAGCCCUUGAACCUACUAGUUCAUGGAGAACUCAAUACGACUAUCCUAUCGCUAUGAACUUGGAUCCUAAUACAGGCAAUUGGUGGCUGCUAGGUCAAAAUGAAGGGAUUGGAUACUGGCCUGGAACACUCUUUGGUUACUUAAAACACAGUGCAAUAGUAGUUGAAUGGGGAGGACAAGUUUUUAGCCCAAAUGUUCUUAGUACUCCUCACACUAAAACACAAAUGGGAAGUGGAGAUUUUGCAUCAGGUCAUCUAGGUAAUGCAUGUUACAUCAAGGGGGUUAGGAUUAUUGAUUAUUCCAAGUCUCUGAAGUACCCAGAAUGGGUAGGCUCUACGUCCGACGAACCAUACUGUUACUCGGCACAAAAUUUCAGAGAAGGAAUUGUAGGAGAGCCGGUGUUUUUCUUUGGAGGACCUGGGCAAAACUUUCCCUAUUGUAAAUGACAAUAAGAAAAGCUACUGAACUGAAAGGUUUCUCAAAUAAAAUUCACAGGUGUGGCACUGUUCACCCUGUGCAAGACAGAUUACUUACUUUUGGUUGCUUAUUAGCCACUUCUA